AUGGCCAAGUUAGUACAUAACGUCCAGAAGAAGAACCAUCGUGAACGUUCGCAGACCACCGGGCGUGCUCGCUUUGGUCUCUUGGAAAAGAAGAAAGAUUAUCGUCUUCGAGCAGCAGAUUACCACAAGAAACAAGCCGCAUUAAAAGUAUUAAGAACCAAAGCUGCAGCCCACAACCCAGACGAAUACUAUCAUGCUAUUACCAAAAGACGUACUGAUGAUAAGGGGGCACUUAUAGCUGACCGAGGCAACGAGGUGUUAUCAGUGCAGCAAGUGAAGUUGUUAAAGACGCAAGAUGCCAACUAUGUGCGAACCAUGAGAUUAGGAGAGAUGCUGAAGAUCCGAAAAGAACGGGAGACUUUAGAGUUUGAUUCUAAGGGGAAGCAUACGGUGUUUGUUGAUUCCAUAGAAGAGCAGCAACAGUUUCAACCCGAAGUUUACUUUGGCACAGAUAAAUCCAUGGUUGGUAGAAGAGAGAACAGAUUAAGAAUAGACCAAUUGGAGUCCAACACAAAGUUAGUGGCAGAUGAGGUUAUAGACCCUUUAUAUAAAGAUAGACAGGAUAUCAAGAAGUUGAAGGCAUAUAAGUUGAUGCAACGUCGACUUGAACGAGAGGAGCAAUUGCGUACGGUUGAAGCAAAGAUGGAGGUGACCAAAGAACUCAUGAAGAAAGGUAACAAGAAGAAGACGGUAGACAAGGAAGGAAAGGUCCAAUUCAAAUGGAAGAACCAAAGAAAGAGAUAG